GUCGUCGCGUGAUGGUGACGUAGACUUCCGAGCGAAACCUCCGUGCGAUUACUUUCUAGCGCCAGAAAUGUGGUUUGCAUCGCUUUCGUCCCUCUGCAAGGCAAUCUAAACCACUCGAGACAUAACGCGAUCGCAUAUUUCUAGCUGCUUUUCGUCACGGUCCGUUUCCAACACGGUUCUGCGAGACAAAGCGGAGUGAGGCGGAAUACAUGCAGCUGCUGGGCUGUGACAGACCGCGGGAAAAUGUCCUUACUUCCUGUGCAAUGAAGCCUUGGCGCGGCACAACGCUUGUAAACAACGGCCCGACGAUACGAGAGCAGGUCCGCUUUGUGUGGCCAGUACUGCAAAAAACAUGGAUUCCACUGAUGCUCCAGCCUUGUUUGUGCCUGAUGGUAAUGAAGAUUCUGUAGAUAUCUAUGAAGGCCUGGAUUUUGAUUCCGGUUGCAAAAAUGUAACUCCAGUAAAAUCAGCCCCAUCUGGGCUUAAGGAGGCCAUGGAUCUUUUUGAAGAAAUUGUCACAGAGGAACAACAGAGCAAAGAUGCAUCUUACUCUGAGUUAAAGUCAAGAUUUCAGGCUGCCCAAAGUCAAAUCACGGAGUUACACAGAAGACUGGAGCAGUUAGAAUUGCAGAACACAGGUUUGUCCAAAGAGAAUUAUCGACUAAAGAUGAACAUCUCCAUUCUUCUUCAAACAGCCAGGCAGGAGGUCAUAAGGAAGGAUGCAGAGAUUCAAAGGCUAAACCAAGAAUCAAGAAAUGGUCCCUACCUUAAAUCUCGAAACCUGCGAGAUCCAGGCUCCACUGAGAACCAGCGACUUGCUCCACAUCCUUUGGUCCUUCCAACUUCAUCUACCUCACAGCCCUCAUCCCGCCCCAGACUGUUGCCUUCAAAACAGACUGCAACUGCACCACCUCCACCUUCAGCUCCUGCUACCUCGGAGCCUCCUCACUCCAAGGAUGUCACAUCACGGAAUCGCCCUCCUCCAGACACUGCUGCACCCAUUCCUCCUCCGAAACAAACCCCAAAUCUGCCUGACAUGCCACCACUCCCACCUGCUCCCCUAAGUCCUCCACCCCCUCCCCCACCUUUACCCGUAUCACCACUCAGGGAGGAUGUCCCAUUUUCACUCAGAAGAGAUAGAGAAAAGCACAUGGAGCCAGAGUUGAACUCUGAGCAGUUUUUCUCACGAAAGGACUGCCGCUCAUCAGAAAGGCACAAUAAUCAGACUGAUAAACAUAAAGAUAAAAAACACGGACAUGGACAUGAUUUUGAGCGAAAAAAUAAUACAACAUCAAAUUCCGGUAUUGAUCGACAUGAGAGAAGAUACUCUCACAAAGACCAGACAUCAAAUUCAGGGGAUUCCAAAAGUGGCAACAAAAAAUGUAAUGUUCUCACAUCAGAAUCAGAUCGAGGUAAAGGUCAUCUUUCAAAAGGAGGCCAGUCUCGAGAAGAGAGACGAGACAGGACUAGGGACAGGCAGAGCAGAUGUUCAGACUCUAAAGAGCAUAAGCGCCACAGAGACUACUCUCGAACAGAGCGUAGACCCUCCAAAGACCAGCAAAGCAGAGAAAGACGGCAGGAGCGGAGGGAUGAAGAUGAUGGUAGAAGACGUAGAAGAGACUCACAUUCAAAAGAAAAGCACAGGUCAAAGGAACACAGUAAGAAACAGUCAAAACCCCUGGAAAUGCCUUCAAAAGGAAAGACUGUUGCUGAGCAGGUUGUUGUAGAGGAGAAUAGCCCCCACAGAAAGCUAUGUUUUAUGGAGACCCUGAAUCUAACGCUGUCUCCGGUAAAAAAGCCUGAAAUGGACAGUGAGGGUGGCCAAAAAACUCUUGUAGCUGCAACUAAAACACAGGUGGAGGAGAGUCUCUUUCUGCCCAGCAUGGAGGAUAUGUGUGUAAUUGAUGAAGUAGACAGCAGUGAAACAGAGGCUGCAUCCAGGGAGCAUGUAGAACCAAUCGACAAGGAUCCGAAAACAACACCAGAAAAGGGGGAAAAUGUUGAUUCUCAGAAAGAGACAAUCGUCAAUAGCAUUAGUACUACUUCUGAAAAUGAAAUUUUAGAAGACAAUUCUGUUCACUCCACUUCCACCAGUAAAGGCACAGAGAUUCAAAAAGACAGUUUGCCAAAAUGUGUAAAGGGCCCAAUGACAGAGAAGAGUCAAGAGGCUGUUAAAGAAACAAUAACAACUACUGAAAAUGUUAUUUCACUGAUCCCAACUGAAGCUGCAGCAUCAAAUAAUAUAUCAAAUACCACCAACAGUAAAGUCAUGGAAGAUGUAGUUUCCAAAACCAUGGAAGACAAGUGUGAUGUUCAAAAUGUGUCUCCAGAUUUACCUCAGAAUACUCCUCUUGCUUCUUCCCCUGUCACUCAGACUAAAGAGGGUUCUGGUCAAGAGACAACUGGUCAAGAGACAACCUCUAAAGAAGUAGAGUUGGUGUCCAGUUCCCUAAGCUUGGAAUCUCUGCCUCAAGAAGGUCUUAGUUUACCUGAAGCCAUUAAUUUACUGACCGAAAAUAAUGAAAACAGCAGUAAAACUGUUCAUCCAGAAUCUACUACUCCUAGUUGCAGUGAAGUUUCUAAAGUGACCAGUACAACACAGGACACCUCAGCUUUGGAAAGGUACACAGAAAUCAGUCAAACGCCAAAGAAGAGCUUCAGUCCAGCCAAGUUCUUCAGCCCAGCCAAGAGUGUUGAGAAGUGCAUUAAGCCAUCCAGCUCAGUGCCUCUUUUCCAUGACGAAGACUCCAUGAUGCGUACGCUCAGCAGCCUGAAGAGGAUCCCCGAUGCCAUCAGCCCCCUCAGGAGCCCAAUCCGGAUCUCAAAGAGGAACCAUCACCAUCUGCAGAAGCCAGGACAUGUCAAGAGCCUCCACAAAGAGUUCUCCAGUGCGCCCCCUGAUGGCAUAUCAAAGAAGGUGGAUGUGAACAAAGAAAACAAGCAGCCUGGUUCCCCUGCUAAAGCUGACCCAGUGGCUUUAGCCGUGCCCUCGGACCCCGAACUGGAGGAAGGGGAAAUCCUGAGCGAGAGUGACGAAGCUGUAUCUCCUCUUCCUCCAAGCAAAAAGACCAAGUUAACACGGCCCAUCAGAACCAAGGCCAGCCCAAAGUGUGUCCUAAAGCACAAAAUGGACGAGAAGAGCGUUUCGGCUAAGGAAGCCAAGGAAUCACCGGGUUCUGUACAAAGCCCACCAAAUAAGAGUCGUUUUAAAACAGUCUGUCCAGCUGCAACUAAAGCUACCUUCAGCAGCAUUGAUGAGGUCAUGGACACAUUUAAGUUGGUGCGCGCUGAGAUCCGCAAGAAGUACAUGAAACUACACAAAACGUUUCCCAAGAAAAGCUUCUAUGGAGUUAUGGAAAACUUCCAGGAGUCUUUCAUUGAAUUUGUGGAUGGCGCAGAUUUUGGUCAGAUUUGCAACCUAACGAAAGAAUUAAAAUCCAAGCUUAAGAACAUAAUUGUGUCAGUUUUCAGUAAGGUGCUAAAUAAUGGCAUUGUGAAGCGCAUAUUUGAGCAGCAGGCUGUGGACCUAAAGCAGAAACUGUGGGACUUUGUAGAUGUUCAGGUUGACUAUUUGUUCAAAGAUGUUAACACAGCAUUAAAAAGUAUGUGUAAGCCUGCCAGAGCUCCAGUAGAGCAUGGAAAUUCAAAGGGCAGUGACAAACGGUGUAAAGAGUCCCCUGUAAAGAGGAAAGAACAGAAUUCUUCUCCAGGCUUCAGUAAGAGUAAACAGUGUGCCAUUGUGCCUUUCAGAACUGGCCUGGGAAGCAGAGGAAAGGGCAUCCGAAUCACACUGGAUCACAGUGACGAUACUGAUGACCAGAGCGGAACAGAACCAGGUGCGGUAGUCAGCUUUGUCCCGCCCACUCCAGAAAAGGGCAACACAUCUUUAGUGGUAGCACACAACGCAUCCAUGCUAGACAAAACCGACUUCGAGCUUCUCACCGAACAACAGGCCACUAGUCUGACAUUCAACCUGGUACGCGACUCCCAAAUGGGUGAGAUCUUCAAGUGCCUUCUCCAGGGGUCCGACCUGCUGGAUAGUAGUGCUGCAGUGGCGGACCAAAGCACCUGGACGCUGAGUACUCCGAGAAAAGACGGGGAAAGGAUCAUAACCAUCACCACGCCCGGUAAAUUCCACUCCCCGUCGAAACUGUUGUCCCCAAACAAAUUCGAAAGUCCCUCCAGGCUGAUCACCACAUGGUCCAGUAUUUCGCCACGUAAGCUCUCCUCACCAAACUCCAAAGUUCUGCUCAACCCGGCCUUGUUUGAUGAAAGUUGCUUGCUGGAAGUACCCUCGGAAAACAAGACCAUCCAAAGACCUUAUUCUAUUUUGGCAGAAGAUUUGGCUGUGUCGCUUACCAUCCCGUCCCCCCUGAAAUCCGACAGUCACCUUAGCUUCCUUCAGCCUCCUCCCAUGCAGGUCCUGUCCACCCCAGACAGUGUGCUGAGUGCUCACAUCAGUGAAGAUGCUCUUUUGGACGAAGCGGACGCCACAGAGCACGACAUCCACCUCACGCUAGAUACAGACAAUUCCAGCUGUGGCUCCAGUGCCAGUGUGGGUUCUCAAGGAGCACCUACACAGUUCCUCUUCAAACCAGAGCUCCCCAUGCAAGCGCUGGUCAUGGAGAGAUCCAAUGAGCGGUUUAUUCUUAAGAUCAGACCAGCUUCAAGUGCUAAUACUACACUAACAGCAAAUGAGAGUUUAAGUGAAACACUGACCGAGGAAAUGGACUGUGAGGAACCUGAAUCCAACAGUGUUAUAUCAAGUCAGACACAGAAUAAUAUGGUAGAAAGCAUCCAUACUCAAAUAGAAGACAAUAAUAAGUUGCAUGAAGAACAAAAACAAGAUUUAGCAAAGCAGGACUCUAUAAAACACAAUUUAUCAGACAUAGAGAAAAAAUUUGACAUAUCUAAAUCAGAACCCUCUCCUAACAAUAUUCAUCCCACAGCUAAGUCAGUCCACAAGGAUAAGACAGGAAAAGAUAAGGACUGUCUGUCAGAACAGGCACAAGACACUUCCUCUGAGGUUCCUUCAAGACAGGUGUCCAGCUCUGAGAGAGAGGAGGUGGCUUCCGAGUCAGAGCGCAGUCUCACCAUCGCAGAGGAACUAGAGUCUACACCAGAGAAGUCACAAGUCCACAAAUGCAGGGACAGGAAGAGGAAGAGGAACCAGGGUAAAUCCAAAGCCAAGAAAUGCAGGACUGACGAGGACAAUACACAAGGGGUUAACCUUGAGGGAGCAGGAGAGGAGGCUCUGUCCCCCAACAGCCUGUCUGCCAAAAAUGUCAUCAGGAGGAAGGGGGAGGUGGUCAUGGCCUGGACCAGGGAAGAGGAUCGAACGAUUCUCCUUGAGUUAAAGACCAAAGGAGCUUCUCGGGAGACCUUUGCAUUCCUGUCUGAAAAACUGGACAAGCCCUCUGGACAGAUUGCUCAACGGUUCCACCAGCUCAUGAAACUCUUUAAAAAGCAGGAGAAGUUGGACACAUGAGAGUGCACUGUAUGGUGCUUAUUGAGCGUCCACUGUGAAUCAGUACAUCUAAAGCUGCAGCACUGUAACCCAUGUGACCCAAGACCUGCAGAGGGCAUGAGCCCCACAAGCAAGGACGGUUGUUCAUUCUGUGUGGCCUCUUGGACGAAAUGUGGUUCAUGUUACAAAAUGAAAUAAUUACUAGGUUCUGAGGCUGGUGGAGCUGUGCAACAGACAGUGUACAAUCUACCGUAAGCAUUGUUUUAAACUUAACAUUCUUGAAUGAUGACAGUAUUUGUCAAUGUGCUACAUUGGCAUCACUCUGACCACAUGAUAUCAGGCCCUCAUCUGAUUUUUUAGAAGGUUUUAUAUCAGUGACUUCAGUUGCUGGACUUGAAGCAGACCAGACGUUUGUGGUUAUAGUUUUAUUGUAUGUUUGAGGAGUGAACUGAUCAAUGUAAAGGUUGUCCCAUUCUGUAUAAUUCCUGUUUUCUCUUGAUUUUGAUUGGAAACAUUUUGAAAUCUAUUAUUAUGUAUUAUGAAUACAGUACAUAAUUCUUUACUAAAAUAAAGUUUUAUUUAUUUA